AGACGGCUUCCGCUUCCGGGACCCACAGUUUGCCCCGCCCAUGAGCCUUGCUGACGUCACGAAAGGACAAACUGUUUUACCGCGAGGUCAUUCGGCCUCUUCGAGCAGCCGGUUGCAGCUAAGCGGAGGCGCCAUCUUAGGACACUGAGACUCCGCCGGCAGCACUACACCAUGUACCCGACUUCACUGACGCAGCUGGCCAGGGCCAACCCGUUCAGCGCUCCCCUCUUCGCGCUCCAGAAAGUGGAAGAACCCCACCGGAGCCGUGAGGGACAGACGACCCGCAGACUGGCGGCAGCCGCCGUCGCAGACGAGGGAGACAGUUGUGAGUUCGGCUCACAGAAGUAUUUCAUCCUGUGUGGCUUUGGUGGGAUUCUGAGUUGUGGCACCACACACACAGCUGUCGUUCCCCUCGAUCUGGUCAAAUGCAGAAUGCAGGUGAAUCCUGAUAAAUACAAGAGCAUUGGCAAUGGCUUCGCAGUCACAGUGAGGGAAGACGGCUUCAGAGGUCUGGCAAAGGGCUGGGCCCCUACUUUCAUUGGCUACUCCAUGCAGGGGCUGUGCAAGUUUGGAUUCUAUGAAGUCUUCAAGAUCCUUUACAGUGACCUGCUAGGAGAGGAGAAUACCUACCUGUGGAGGACUUCCCUGUAUCUGGCUGCCUCAGCCAGCGCAGAGUUCUUUGCUGACAUUGCUCUGGCUCCCAUGGAGGCUGCCAAAGUUCGUAUCCAGACCCAGCCGGGCUACGCUAACACCCUCAGAGAGUGCGCCCCCAAGAUGUAUGCAGAGGAGGGCCUCUGGGCUUUCUAUAAAGGUGUGGCUCCCCUGUGGAUGAGGCAGAUCCCCUACACCAUGAUGAAGUUUGCCUGCUUCGAGCGCACUGUGGAGAUGCUCUACAAGUAUGUUGUUCCUAAGCCCCGCAGUGAGUGCAGCAAACCUGAACAGCUGGUCGUUACCUUUGUGGCUGGUUACAUCGCUGGAGUAUUUUGUGCCAUCGUGUCCCACCCUGCUGACUCUGUGGUGUCUGUGCUGAACAAAGAGAAGGGCAGCACUGCUAUGCAGGUCCUCAAGAGGCUUGGACCCAAAGGUGUGUGGAAGGGUCUGUUUGCCCGUAUCAUCAUGAUUGGUACUCUGACAGCCUUGCAGUGGUUCAUCUAUGAUUCUGUGAAGGUGUACUUCCGCCUGCCCCGCCCCCCUCCACCUGAGAUGCCAGAGUCCCUGAAGAAGAAGCUUGGUCUUUCAGAGUAACGCCCACUUCACUGAGCUGCAGUCUCCAGAGGCAACACCCCCCCAAACUUCUACAGCGCACAGCAGUUUUCUGUAUUUAUGUCCUCAGCUCCUUCUGCUCUUCAGAGCAUGGGGGUGCCACUUCUCAUGUAUAUUUAAAAACAGAAAAAGGAGCCAUGGAGCCGUCACUCUUGGCUGAGUCUGAUGAAAUUUUCCUCUGUAGAAACAUCAGUCUUGUUUUAUCAGUUCCUGUCCUUAGAAAAUUUGGAAAUUCUAAUUAAAUGUUUCCCUGGAAAAUG